AGCGCGCGAACUUCCAACGCAACCCAUUUCACCUUCCAGUACUGUUGUUUCUCUCUCUUUCUAAAUCUGAAUCUUUUGGCAUUUUGGCUUGCCGCUCGUUCAUCAAAUUUGGAAUUUUUACGCGAUCUUGAAGUAAUGUCGGAUCCAGUGAACCACAUUGAUCAGAGUAAUGAAGCUCUUCCCCAGUCAACUGCUACACCGAACUGGACAAUCCAUGUUUCAGAUAUAAUAACAGUAAAGGUUAGCAAUCUUUCAUUAGCUGCUUCUGAGAUGGAUAUCAGAGAUUUACUUUCGAUAUCUGGUGAUAUUCACUAUAUUGAAAUGAGAAAGGAAAGUGAAACCAGUCAGCUUGCCUACGUUACCUUCAGGGAUUCACGAGGGGCAGAUACAGCAAUUCUUCUUUCAGGAGCCACCGUAGGUGAUCAUUUGCUUACUAUUACACUUGCUGGGGAUUACCAGCUGCCUCCCGAAGCAAUUACUUCAAAUUUGGACCAGAAGCAACCUGAAACUGGUUCUGCCAUUAGGAAAGCUGAAGAUGUGGUUAGUACCAUGAUUGCCAAGGGCUUCGUUUUGGGUAAAGAUGCCAUCAACAAUGCAAAAAACUUUGAUGAACAUCAUCACUUGACAUAUAAUGCCUUUGCCACGGUUGCUUCCAUUGACCGUAAGAUGGGUCUGAGCGAAAAGCUAAGCAUUGGGACAGCCAUUUUCAAUGAAAAGGUAAGAGAGGUGGAUGAGCGAUUCCAAGUGUCUGAAAAGACCAAAUCAGCCCUUGCGGUUGCUGAGCAAAAGGCAAGCAGUACAGGAUCUGCUAUUAUGAACAAUCGUUAUGUAUUAACAGGAGCUUCAAGGGUUUCAAGUGUAUUUAAAGCCGUCACAAACACAGCUGCAUUUAGUAGAGUCGCAAAGGCAGCUGAGGAAGUGAGUGCAAUGACACGAGAGAAAGUUGGAAAGGCAGAGGAAGAUAAAAAGGAGAUUCUUUACAUAGAAAGGAAACAGGUUGUUAAUGACUUUGCUGGUAUCCAUUUAGAUGAGCGUCCAGCGGAGCAGCCUCCAAUGGUUACUGUUGAUUCAUCUGAAAGUAAGCUUGGAAAUAUAUGAUAGUUAUGGGAUAAUAUCACUUUGGAUUGUUUUUAUUUAAGUUGUCCAUUUUUUCAUUCAAACUUGGAGUUGGUAUUGGGAGCAGUGACGAAAAUUGAUCUCAAAUAAACUAUGAUGAAUAUGUUUUUCUUGGGCAUUUUAUUUGAUAUGGGAAUUGUUUAUUUUGCUCUA